AUGACAGAAGCACCAAAUGAAGAAUCACUAGUACAUGAGACAAAACAACAACGCCACAGUCGGUUCUCAAACCAACUAUGGCAAGCCGCAGCAACAGGAGCUCUUCGUGGAACGUUAGUGGCCUUGGUGACGGGAUAUGCAUUGUCGUAUAGAUACAACCAUGGCAAAAACAAACCAUACUUUCGCAACGUUUACAAAGUUUGGUGGUUUGUAUGCUGGAAUGUAGUGGGAGUUACAUUUGCAACUGAUAUAGCAAAGAUGAAUAUUAGCAGGCAAGCUGCACUUGAGGAUGAAAUAAAGAGAACGAAACUUUACGAAGAUGAAUUGGCAAAGUAA